AUGGAGGAAGAAAACAGAGCGACUGUUCAUGGAGCUUGGGGAAGCGCAUUCAGUUAUAUGGUGGAAUUGGCUCUGAAACUGAAGGGAAUUCCAUACGAGUAUGUGGUAGAAGAUUUGGGGAACAAAAGCCCAUUGCUCUUGAAGUACAAUCUUGUUCACAAGAAAGUACCUGUUCUUGUGCAAAAUGGAAAACCAAUUGCUGAAUCGCUUGUAAUCCUUGAAUACAUCGAUGAAACUUGGACUCAAAAUGGUCCCAAAUUCCUCCCUCAAGAUCCAUAUAAGAAAGCCCAAGUUCGUUUUUGGGUUGACUACAUCUACAAACAGUUGUUUGAUGCAUUGUACUCAACACUCAAAACAUAUGGAGAAGCACAAGAGAAAUUCAUCAAGGAAGUACAUGACAAAAUGCAUGUACUUGAACUAGAAUGCACUUCUUAUUCUUUUGUCUCUUCUGGUCCUUCAGUUGACCAACAAAAAAUGGGAUUAUUAGACAUUGUUAUUUGUUGUCUAUUGGGGAUUCUCAAGCCUAAGGAAGAAGUACUUGGCAUAAAGUUUAUGGAAUUGGAGAAGACUCCACUUCUAUAUCCAUGGGUAACAGCUCUAAUUGAUCUACCUUUGGUGAAAGAGACAAUCCCUCCACAUGAAAGAUGGGUGCCAUUUAUGCAAUGCAUAAGGCAGCAACACCUUAAAUCUUCUACAGCAUAA